AUGUACGACUCUCUGAAGCGCGAUCGCGCGCUUAUGAUCGUCACCACCGCCAUUUCGACCUUGACCCUGAUAACGGUCAUUCUUGUCAUUCCACUGGCUUUGCUUCAUGUUCAAAAGCGAAAUACUCAAUUACUGGAGAAUAUAGAGUAUUGUCAAGUAAGUGGACCAAAUAAUUGGUGAGCGGAAUAUAAAGAAUAGAUCGGCAAUUUUGGCAAAAAAAACCCGUAAAAAAUCUUUUUGCCGGCGAAGAAAUGGGGAAUUUUUUAGGCGAGAGAGUACGUUUUGCGCGUCUUUUCUCUAACUUUUCUAUGAAAUCAAAACAAGGCAUAAACCCUAUAGCGAAGAGUAUAUUCUGGUCACCGGGCUUCAUAGUUCGAGUAAGAUGCACGGCUUGCAUCAUGAAUUUUACUCGUAGCCGUGCGACGAGAUUUUCGUGCGACGGCGCACUAUGCAGACCUGUCAAGACUUUUUGGCCCACCUAUCAGUCUUUCGGGAAGACAAUGAACCCUCUGUCGCAUCGCAAAUCGCAAUUGCUGCCGAGAAAAAGAAUUGUGUCGCGACAAAAUCAAAUCGCUUUUCACUUCAGCGACACGAUUGGCGCAGCCGCAUUGUCCUCAUUAUUUUUCCGACAGGCUUACAGUAAAUACGAUAUUUUUUGAUCGAACAAUGUUUUGGUUUAUCUUGUAUCCAUUUUCAGACGGAAGCCAAGUCUUUAUGGACUGAAUUGCCGAGGUUCUCCAGAAACCGGCCAAAAAGAGCCGAGAAAUGGGUGGGCUCUUCAUGUAAGUUCUCCAUGUUGCCCAUCAACUACGCCUUCUGCAUUCCGCAUCACUAUAAAUCGUAUCUUUAUUUAGGCUGCACUUGCCAACAAGGGCCUCGCGGACCUGUUGGUCGCUCAGGAAAGCCGGGAAAAGACGGCAAACCUGGUGAAUGCGGGCCACCCGGACGCAACGGUCGGCCUGGAAUCUAUCUCUCCGCCGAAUUAAUUGCACAAGAACCCUGUCAAAAAGUGAGUCAUGUUUUAUAGAAUAAAAUAAGUCGACAUAAUAAUCAGUCUCUUAUUCCGCAUUUUUCAGUGCCCUCCGGCGAUGGUUGGACCUCCAGGAUAUCCGGGGCUGAAAGGAGAACGAGGACCGGCUGGGUAGGUUUAUACAGUCUAUACAUCCUUAGUGUAAAAAAAGGAUAGCAGCCUGUCGGGAAAAUAAUGAGCACAAUAUCACAUCGCUUCGCUGAAACCUAAAAGCAAUUUGAUUUUUCUGUGACACAAUUCAUUUUCUCGGCGGCGAUGCGGUUUUCGACCCGAAUUCAUGCUCAUUAUUUUCCCAACAGACUGAUAUCGUAACCCAAAUUUCUCAUCACUAAAAAAUAUCGUUUUUUAUUUCUCCCAUACAAGGUCAUAUCGUAUGCUCACGUAUGGGAGAUUAUGGCGUAUUUUACAACUAACACGACCAGUAAAAAUGAAGUCAAGAAAUGACUAACAUAAUUUUCAGCCAUCCAGGCCAGCCAGGAAUCCCGGGAAAUCCGGGCCCUCGUGGCCAGCCCGGCCCUGUCGGCCCAGCCGGCACUCCAGGCGCUCCCGGCUUCACCGGGCCCCAAGGUGAUCCGGGACGGGUGAUCAUCGGCUCUCCACAAGGCCCGCCCGGUCCACCCGGGCAAAUGGGACCCCGUGGUCGAGUCGGAAAACCGGGCGUGGAUGGAGCACCCGGCGACAAAGGUCCACGCGGCUCGGUUGGCGAGAUCGGCGAGCGUGGCAGUAAUGGAUUGCCGGGAAAGCAGGGCCCACGAGGAGCUCCGGGAAUCCCCGGAGUCAAGGGAUCGUGUGAACACUGCCCGAGGGAGGAGAGAGAUGAGGUAGUUACUGGUGUUGAGAUAACAAAAGAUAACGCUAAUGGCUAUGUCACUGGACCAUUGCUCGCUACGACCACUACAGAGGCUACAACGACCACUAGGGCAAGUCAUGUGCCAAUCAAGGUCUACGGAACGAAGACGUUCAGUAAGCAGUUCUAUAUGAGAAGACGGGGAAGAGAACGAGCCUGA